AUGGACAGACCUGAGGAGCUGGGGGCGAUGAGCACCCUCAUCAAAUCUUCUCAGGGCCCGUUCGACGAAGACGGCGACGCCUCGAACGACCUGCAGGACCUCGACAAGAACCAACAGUGCUUCUGCAUCUGUCGCGGCCUCGACGAGGGUACUAUGAUCGGCUGCGAUGGUGGCUGCGACGACUGGUUUCACCUGCGCUGCGUCGGCAUAAAGAAGAAAGAGCAGGAUCUGAUUGAAAAGUACGUGUGCCCGCCGUGUACCGAGCUCGGCAACGGUGAAACCAUCUGGAAGUCGGGCGUCACCAGGGGAACAUCGAGUCAGAUUGCUCUCUCGCCACUGGCUGCGAACGAAGCUGCCACCAAGCAGUACGAGGAAACCGCCAAGAUCAACAGACUUCUCGAGAAGGAUGCCAACCGCCGUCAAGCUGCGAACGGAGUAUCUCAGCAACGCAAAACGAAGGGGGCACGCAAGACAGUUCAUGCAACACGUGUCGGACUCCUCGCAGGAUCGCGCGUCGGCUUCAAGCGAAAGGCACCCCUGAAGCCAGUCACCAACAACCGCCGACCGCAAAUGCGCCGCCUGUCGUACGACACUGCGCAGCUGCCGUCGACUCCAAAGUCUUCGGCAACGCUGCCUUCCCGCACAAAGACAUUCUUCCAAAAGCAAUACCAUGUGGACGAGGACACGUCUUUCUUCGUGGACCAGAAUGACCAGAUGGCGGAUGAUAAGAUGUCUGUGGGCAUGACUUCGGAGGACUUGCAGAAGGAGGAAGAUGCGAAGGCUUUGGAAUUGGAGCUUCUUGAGCGGACGUAUGCGUAUGGGCUUGUCAGGGCGGCUAUGAUGCAGUCUUUGUUUGGCAAUCAUACCGAGCGCGCCUAG